CCAAAAAUUAUAAAAAAAAAAUUAAAAAAAACAAUUUUCCAAGUAUUUUGCAAGCUUCUUGUCAAAUUUCUUUAAAUAAAAAAAAAACAAGCAGCUCGUGCAUUUGAAUCCAUUGCGAGUCACGUGCUCGGGCACUCGUUUAAGGCAAUUGACUGUUUCGGUUUUGGGGCGCGGUUUGUUAUUUUGGGGAAAUCAAAAGCUAGCUAGCCAAAAACUGAACAGAAUAUCCAUAGAACAUGCUGCUUGAUUUGGUGAGUUACCUUUGGAGCAGUCUCUUCACCCAUGUGGCCGGAGCCAUGGACUCUGCCUAUGAGUCGAACUACUUUAUGGGGCUGGUUAGCUGCAUUAUGGCGCUGGUGUUUAUAGUGCAUGUCAAGUCGGCCAGCAUUAUAUUGAGCAAUCUGUGCGAGCCAAAGCCGCGCAAGAGCCUAAUCGAGCGUCAGCCGUCGCCCAUCGAUAUCGCGCGACGCGGCGUCUUCCGGAUGGACCACGUGGAGGCGCUGCAGUGGUACAGCUACGAUGAGCUGCCUCCGGCCAUAUUGCUGGAGAACAAUGGCAAGACGGUGAUAAUGCGCAUCUCCUGCGGACCGGAGUGUACGCCGUUUAUAAGCGGCGGCACGCUGCCGGGCAACUAUUACUUUGUGGAGGCGAUCUUCAAGUGGGGCGCCUCGGAGCAUUCGAUAGACUCGCGCAGCUAUGCCAUGGAGAUGCAGGUGCUGCAUGCCACCAAUGUGCCCGAUGCCGCCUACGAAUACCUGACUGUGUCCUAUAUGUUCGCAUUGUCACACCACAAGAACCAAUUUCUCGACCAGGUGGUCGAGAAUCUGUGGGCCAUACGGCGCGCCGGUUCGGUCAUCGAGCUGCCGCCGUUCGAUUUGGCCACUUUGAUGUGGUGCUUCAAUCAGGACUAUUACACCUAUCGCGGCACCUAUGCCAACGGCAACGUCAUCCUGCCCAGCCAGUGGGCCAUUUGCCCGCGCAUCUUCCACAUUGGCGCCGAGCAAUUGGCCCAGUUCGGCGCCCUCUGCGACGAGGAGGGCUGUCGGAUUGCCCUGAAUGCGCGCAAGAAGCAGCCCCUGGGCGAUCGCUGUGUUGCAUUAAAUUGUUAGCUUCGGUUCAUUUUAAAAGAAUUGUUUUCAUCUUCUUUUUUAAAUUUAUGUUUUACACUAAAUAUAUAUAUUUUUAUGA